AGUCGUCCGAAUGUAAACAUGGUGACAGAAAGGUGAAGCAGACGCCAAAAUGGUCUUCGAAAGCGUGGUGGUGGACGUCCUCAACCGGUUCCUAGGGGACUACGUCGUCAACCUCGACAGCUCGCAGCUCAAGCUCGGCAUAUGGGGGGGUGAUGCUGUUCUGAGAAAUCUUGAAAUAAAGGAGAAUGCCUUGAGCGAACUUGACAUACCUUUUAAAGUGAGAGCCGGUCAUAUAGGACGGCUGGAGCUUAAGAUCCCAUGGAAGAACCUCUACACUCAGUCAGUGGAGGCCACUCUGGAUGGCGUCUAUCUGCUCAUUGUCCCCACAGCAAGUAUAAAGUAUGAUGCAGAAAAGGAGGGGAAGCAGCUACAGGAGGCUCGACAGAGGGAGCUAAACAGGAUAGAGGAAACAAAGCAGAAGGCUGCUGAGCAAGAAAACCCCAUGUUAGAGAAGCAGGACACCUUCGUGGAAAAAAUGGUCACUCAGGUCAUCAAAAACCUGACGGUCAAGAUCUCUAACAUCCACGUACGGUAUGAGGAUGACGUCACCAAUCCAAACUGUCCUCUGUCAUUUGGUGUGUCACUUAAAAACCUCAGCCUUCAGACGGCUGAUAAGAACUGGAAUCCAAGUCUUUUGGAUGAGAAUUCCAAGCUUUUCUUCAAGUUGAUUAAACUAGACAGCUUGUUUGCCUACUGGAAUGUUAACUCAACACUCUUCUCCAAUCACACUGCAGAGGAGGCCUUGCAAAGACUCCAGAGCAGCAUGGAAAUCAAGAGACAUGCUCCUGUCAGCCAUGACUUCAUUUUUCGUCCCAUCUCAGCGGAUGCUAAACUACGGAUGAAUCCCAGGUCAGACCUGGACUUCACCUAUCCUAAGUUGGACUUGAUUGUCAAUCUCAGUGAGGUGGCCAUUGAGCUCAACAGAUCACAGUACAUUAGCAUCUUGGAGUUACUGGGCUCAGUGGAUCUGAUGUCCCGGAACCUGCCGUACAGGAAGUACAGACCCGAGCUUGAUGUUUUAAAGAACGCCCACAUCUGGUGGAAGUAUGUGAUCACAAGCGUCCUGGAGGUAGAUGUGAAGCCUCGACUUCGCAUGUGGUCAUGGCAGCACAUUCGCUGUCACCGAAACAUGGUCAAACGAUACAGAGAGCUCUACAAGACAAAGAUCACCAGCAAGAAACCCAGCGAGAAGCUGCUCAAACAACUAGAGGAGCUUGAGAAAACCUUGGAUAUUUUUAACAUCACGCUGGCCAGACAGCAGGCGGAAAUGGAGGCAAGCAGACUAGGCCUGCGUAUUUACCGUCCAGGGCUGAAGAUGGAGGAGGAGGAGUCUCAGGGUUGGCUUGGCUGGAUGUGGAAUUGGGGCGGAGAGGCUGAUGCACAAGCAAAAGAUGUCAAGUCUGGAGGUUUUGAUGAGCUGUUAACCCCUGCUGAAAAAGCCAAACUCUACACUGCCAUUGGAUACAGUGAGAUUGCGACUAAUCCCAACCUGCCAAAGAAUUUUGAGGACAUGAAGGUCAACUUCCACAUGGAGAAGCUGUCUUUGUCCAUCAAAGACUACAAGGACAGAAAUGAGAUCCUCAGACUGACUGUGGGAGAGCUCCAGUCCACACUCGCACAGAGAUCUGGAGCACAAGCCAUCAAAAUCUCAGCCCAGCUCAGUUUGUUUGAGGUCACUGGCCUGGCCAGUAACCGGCCUGCACCAACCCUCCUUUCAUCAAGGAAGGCAGCAACAGGGAUAGGGACCCCGCUUCUCUGUUUCCUGUUUGAAACCAACCCCCUGGAUAAGACCGCUGACCAGCGGCUUCAUGUAGAAUCACAGCCCCUGGAAAUCAUUUAUGAUGCAAUAACUGUGAACAGCAUGUCAGCAUUCUUCAUGCCUCCUGACGACCUGCAGCUGGAUGAGCUCACUAAUGCCACCCUGAUGAAACUGGAGCAGUUUAGAGAUCGCACAGCCACUGGUCUCAUGUAUGUGAUCGAAACACAGAAGAUUCUCGACCUGAAAAUGAACUUGAUGGCCUCUUACGUCAUCAUUCCACAAACAGGCUUUUACAACGGCACCCAGAACAUCAUGCUGUUGGAUCUUGGUCAUUUCAAGAUGUCGAGUCAAAGCAGGGAGCAUCUACCUCAGCUGUCCGUGUGCUCCAGCAACAUUGAAGACAUCAUGUCCAGAGCAUACGACAGCUUUGACAUACAACUGAGUAGCCUGCAGUUACUUUAUAGCAAACCAGAUGGGGACUGGAAAAAGGCCCGCAAGCAGAAACGGUCACCGCUUCACAUCCUAGAACCUGUGGAUCUAACAAUGGAUUUCAGCAGGGCGAUGGUUGUGAAAGACUACCGCAUGGCAAAGUAUAAGAUGUCUGGAGAGCUUCCUCUGCUGUCUCUUUGUAUUUCUGAUGUAAAACUGCGUAGUGUUCUGGAGCUGGUUGACAGUAUCCCACUACCUGAGAGCAGACCUGCUGGACGCAGCACUGGUGCUCCCAGCACACCGAAGCCAAAGCCGUUGUACACACCCAAGCUCACUCCCAGAAGACCUCUGAACUUAGCUGACCAGCGCUCCUCACUCAUCUUUGAGUCAUGUGAAACCAUCAGCAUCUCGUCUUUGGGGUCAGAGGAAGAUUUGUUCUACGAUGCUCCCAGCUCUCCCAUUGGCGAUAAAGCGUUCUUCUCAGACAAUCCCAUGCCGCUGCGCUAUGCAGCCUUAAACAAAAGAAAAAGUCUGUUCAAGGACGACGCCCCGAAGAAUAUGACAAACUUCAUCCUAAAGUUUGAGAUUAGUGAGUUCUCCAUUCAGUUGCGCCGCCUGUCUGGUGAUCAGGAGGUCACGGUGCUCCAUUUGGACAUAGAUGGACUGGGCACUGAGCUGAAACUGUGCACAUUUGACAUGACAUCCAAUACAUACCUUCGAGAGAUCUGCCUCAAGUGUCCUGAAUAUAUGGAUUCUGAAGAUGAGCAAGUUCAGCUGAUAACCACUCUGGACAACACUGAGGUGGACCUGCUCACCGUGGAGUAUAUCAAAGCUGACAAAAAUGGUCCUGAAUUCAAGUCUGUACACAAUAAUACAGAGCAGCUCAUCAAGGGGACGUUUUCAUCCCUUGAUGUUCAUCUACACACGGAGGCUCUACUCAAUACCAUGAACUUCCUCAACAACCUCCUGCCUCCGCCCACGAAGAAGGAGGAGCUACCCAUCAUCACAGAGGAAGAUGAGGUAGAAGGAGAGAAGGAGGGAGAAAAGAAGGAGGAAGCUACUGUCGCCAAGAAAAAAAAUCCAAAGAAGUCAAAGUUUGCAGAUGUCGUGAAUCUUCAUAUCAAAGCUGAUCUCCGCUGUCUAAAAGUUUUCAUCAGAGGACAGAACACCAGAAUCUCUGAGAUUAGUAUCGAGGGUCUCGUUUCGGAGGUUAUGAUGAGGAAGAAGGAGAUGGAGAUUCUGGCAAACCUGAAGAGCAUUGUGAUCCUAGACUGUGACAAAGAUUCCUUUUACAAAAAGGCUGUGUCUAUAGCAGACGAAGAAGUGUUUGCCUUCCACAUGGUGAACUACACAAAUGCUACUGAAGGUGAUGCGUAUCUGGACAUGUCUAAAGUUGACCUCUCUGUUUCACUGGCUGUGGGAUGCAUCCAGGUCAUCUUCCUCAACAAGUUUGUCUCUUCCAUAUUGGCAUUCAUCAAUAACUUCCAGGAGGCCAAAGAGGCCCUGGCUGAGGUGACGGCCCAGGCUGCAGGAAAGGCAGCACUGGGUGUGAAGGGGCUGGCAGAGCGAAGCACUCGGAUCGCUCUGAACGUCCACUUCAAUGCACCUGUCAUCUUCCUCCCCCAGUCCUCCUCUUCCACCAAUGUCAUCGUAGCUGAUCUUGGUCUGCUGUCUGUCAAGAACCGUUUUUCCAAGCAGCCAUUUAAAAGUGAUGCUAAUAUCCCUCCUGUCGUGGAUAUUAUGACUGUGAGGCUGACUGACCUCAAGAUGUACAGGACCACAUACGUAAAUCAAGGGUUUGAGGGAGAAACUCAACUGCUGAAGCCAGUCAGCAUGGACUUGGAAGUCCAGAGAAAUCUUUCAUCCAACUGGUACCACAGCAUACCUGACAUAGGAAUCACUGCUCAUCUAAAGCCAAUGAGUCUGAUCCUCAGCCAGGAUGACAUGACCGUGGUCCUUAGGACUCUGAGUGAGAACCUGUCAGAGAAGUCAGAUGCUGUUCCUCCAUCGAUCUCUCCACCCACCACUGACCCCUCCUCCGAUUCUACAUCCAACAAAGAGUCCCAGUGCUCUGGCACCACUGGCCAAGCCAGCAAUAACAUGGUGGUGACAGCCGCUGUUGUGGAGACCCAGAAAAACAGCAAGCUGAAGAGCACACUCAAGUUAGACUUCAAGUUUGACUCCAUGACGCUGGUGGUGUUCAGCCCUAAUGGGAAUGAGUUACAGCUGUUGGACUCGCACGAUGAAAAGCUGAAGCUGGCAGAAUUCAGUCUGGACACCAUCUCCACCUCCGUUCACAUGUUCUCCGACAGCUCCAUGAAAGCCUCAGUCCGUCUCGCUGCCUGCCUUCUUGAUGACAAGAGACCCCAAAUCAAGAUGGUUACUUCAAGAAUGAUGGCGAUGCGUCCGGGUGCAGAACAGAACAUGAUGGUGGAGGUGAACUAUCGUCAAGGCCGUGAAGGCACCAUAUUGGACACGUUGGUGCAGGACGUGUACUUGUGUGCCAGCAUGGAGUUCCUGCUCACUGUGGCAGAUAUCUUUCUCAAGGCCACCCAGGAGGGUUUUGCUCAAGUGCCCCAACACAUGAUCAGUGCUGGAGCAGGAGAAAAAAAGAAUAUUAACUCUUCUGUAACUUCUAAAGAGUCCCCUGCCGUGGUGUCAAAGACGGAGAUGACCGUUCUGGUGCGAAACCCGGAGAUUGUGUUUGUGGCUGACCUGACGCGUGCUGACGGCCCCGCCCUGGUGAUGACCACGGAGUGCGAACUAGUUUUGAAAAGUGGUGCAGAGGGAUCCAAUAUGACUGCUAUCAUCAAGGACCUCAAGGUGGUGGCGUGUCCCUUCAAGGCUGAGAAGAGGAAGAACAAUGUGACAACAGUGCUGCACCCCUGCCAAGUUUUAUAUAAUAGUUCUCAGUCUCCAACCGGCCCCCAGGCGAUGGAGGUCUCCAUCAAUGCUCUCACACUGAAGGUCUCUCCAAUCAUCAUCAACACUGUUAUCACCAUCCAGACAGCACUGACUCCCACAGUGGAAGCCCCUGUGGAGCUGGAUAGUCCUGUUCCUGUUGACCUGUGGGUGAAACGAGGCUGGAAGGAGCUCAAGCUCUGGUUCCUAGACGAGGAGGGGGAUGAAGACACACGGUCACUGGUUCCACUGGUACCACAGGGAGAAUCAUUAAAGGUGUCCAUCGAAUCAAUCUGUCUCACUCUGGAAGCUGGCGUGGGACAUCGCACCAUCCCCAUGCUCCUGGCAAAGUCGUCAUUCAAUGGAGACGUUACCAACUGGUCCACUCUCAUUAACCUGCAAAGCACGCUCAACAUGGAGAUUCACUAUUUCAAUGAAGUGAUGGGAGUGUGGGAACCGCUACUGGAGCCUUUAGAAGAUGAGACAAGAGAUGGAUUCAGAUCAUGGAGACUUGAACUGAAGAUGAAGAAGAAGCCAGUGAAGUACACACUAUCAGAUGAAGUGGAUUACAAUGUUCCAGAUUAUAAAACAGUCAUAACCAUCAGUAGUAAAGACCAGCUCAACCUCACGCUCACUAAGUGUGGACUGGCAAUGCUGAGCAACCUGGGGAUGGCAUUUGCAGAAGCUGCCAAACAGACAGAUGAGUGCUUCCAGAAGGAUGAAGCCCCGUUUGUGGUAAAAAACCGCCUGGGCCUGCCAGUGUCACUCAGCCACAGUGAGAUGUUUCGGCCCAUCGGCAAGCAGGGUGAUGACUGCAUAGUGGAGCUGCAGGAUGGACAAACACUUGGGAUGGACUAUUACACCAAAACAGACUGUGACCAGUUCUCAGCCAUGACCUCCCUGAGUGAAAAGGACUAUUUCAUACAACCUACUCCGGUGGGCCACACCUCAGCCAGUGUGAUCCCCCUGAUCAAAGUGGGUAGAGGAAUGUACAGUGUAAUGCACAAAGAUUCUGGAGUCACUCGUUUCCUGGUCUGUCAAAUUUACUCCUUGGAAGGAAGCAAGUAUAUAAAGAUCCGUUCACCUUUCCUGAUUAUCAAUCAUUUCACAAUACCAUUCAAAGUGUUUGAAGGAUCAACAUGUCUGGGUACUGCUCUGCCUACUCUAGACUUCUGUGUGCCUCUGGACUCGUAUAGGUCCGAGCUGAGCCUUCAGCCGAUAACGGAGGAGGGCACUGAAGAUCAGGUUGCGCAGUAUGAGUGCUCAGAGGGCUUCAGUUAUGACGAUGUCAGCAACCAGCAGCCUGAGACACGCAUCCAGCAGACCUGCUGUCUGCGUGGAAGCCAGGGUGGUGUGAUGACGAUAAACAUUGUGCCAUUAAAGGAUGCUGUGACAUUCAAACACACAGGUAGUAUCGGGGAGAACUUCGACGUGCCCUUCGUGCUCCACCUGUGGCCUUCCUUCCUCCUGCACAACAUGCUGCCUUAUCCCCUCGCCUACGACCUGCUGGACUGUGGAGAUUCUGCUCCUGAAGCCACUCUGGACCCAGGCUACUCUGCCCAGCUUCACACCGCCGUCAUCAACCAGUCGAAACUCAGUCUCCGCCUGCUGAACUACUUUGCUCAGGAUUGGUCCUCUGAGUACAGUCUCAAGAGUGACCAGGAGGAGAUCACCUUCAUCGUGUUCCGGUCGCUACGAGAGGAUGACGAGGAUUAUGGUGAAGGGGCAGAGAAGAAGAGGGCGGAGUUAGACAUAGCCGUGCAUGUUAAAUAUGACCUGGGGCAGACAGUGAUUGCCAUCCACUCCCCGUAUUGGAUGGUGAACAAUACGGGGAGGUUACUGCAGUACAAGGCUGAUGACAUCCACCGUAAACACCCCCUGGACUACGACAUGCCCCUGCUCUUCUCAUUCAAGCCUCGGUACUUCCUGAAAAACAAUAAGAUCCGCCUUAUGAUCUCAGAGAGCGAAGCGUCUGACGAGUUCUCCCUGGAUACAGUUGGUAGCCAUGGGGAUGUGAAAUGUAAAGGCAGAUACAAAGAUUACCUGGUUGGUGUGAAGAUCGAAGCGAACAGUUUCAGUCUCACACGAAUCGUGAGCUUUGUGCCCUUUUACAUGCUGGUCAACAGGACCAAGCACAUCAUCUUCGUAUGUGAGCAUGGGCAGGACAACUGGACUGAGGCUCAACCAGAGCAGUCAGCCAUUCCUUUCUGGCCGGAGAACGACACCAAGCGGGUGAAGAUCAAAGUAGAAGGUUGUUUAUCGCCUCCUCGGACGAUAGACUUCACACGACCAGAGAACUGUCUCCUGCUGCACCUGGACAACUCUAUGGGUGGGAUCAUUGUUGAUGUGAACCUAUCAGACCACGCAGCCAUAAUCCGAUUCUCAGAGUAUCACGAUGGCGCGGCCCCCUUCCUCAUCAUCAACCACACCACAGACCAGACUCUUCACUUUCAUCAGAGAUGCCUGACAGAAUCCAUCUGGGUGCCUGACGAGUUGCUAGAUCUCUCCUCCUCAAUGGAGGAGGACAGCUCUCAGAAAAGCAUAGAACAGGAGGAGCUGGAGCCUGGGAGAGCUGUGCACUACACCUGGGCCGAACCCACCGGGUCCCGAGAGCUUUGCUGGACGUGUGGCACCUACAGUGGGAAGCUGAAGAGUGAGGAGGAUCUGCGUGAGGACAUGAACAACGAUGGGAAACUGUUUGUGAUCUCCUUCUAUGAAGGUCUCCAGCGUGUUAUGCUGUUCACGGGGGAACGACGCAUCUUCAAGCUGCUCUGUGAGAGUGAGAAGGCGCAGAUGGCCGAACAGGAGAUCAUCCUGUCUCUGAAGAACAUGGGCGUGUCUCUGGUCAACAACAGUAGCAGCCAGGAGGUCUCUUUCAUUGGGAUCACAAGCUCUGACGUUGUGUGGGAGAUGAAGCCAAAGAAAAAAAGUCGGUGGAAGACUCUAAGCACCAAAGAAGCUGAGAUGUUGGAGGACAGUUAUAGAGUUUACAUUGAAUCUGCUCCUGUAGACCAUGCCAUCGUUGACCUGCCAAACAACUUCCAGGUGUCCUUGACUCCUAAUGGCAUGGACAUGCGGAUGCUGCAGCCGUGUGAUGCUCCCCUCAGGAGGCACUUCCUGCCUGGGGUGAAGGUGGAGUACAGCGUCUCGCCACGACAGAGAGCCUACCGAGUCCAAAUCCACCGCAUACAGAUUCAGAAUCAGCUGCCAGGAGCCAUCUUCCCCUACGUUUUCUACCCUGUAAAGCUGCCAAAGUCUGUCACCAUGGACGCAGAGCCCAAACCUCUGACUGAUAUCAGCAUUGUGACCAGAACAGCAGGACACUCGGACAUCUCUCGCAUCAAGUAUUUCAAGGUGCUGAUUCAAGAGAUGGAUCUGAAGCUCGAUCUGGGCUUCCUGUAUGCCAUCCUGGACAUGUUCACCCCGAAGGACGCCAGCACCAUGACCUUACAACAAGAGGUGGAGCUGUUUGAGAAGGACAUAGAGUAUAUCAAGACAGAUCUGAACAAUGUGGCUGCUGCAGACACUUCUGCCAUCAGCCUCUACGAGUACUUCCACAUUUCUCCCAUCAAGCUGCACCUGAGUAUCUCUCUGAGCACAGGAGGAGAUGACGGGAUGAAGUUGAAGAGAGAUACAGAAAUCAUCCCGGUCCAGUCCCUCAACUUGCUGCUGAAGAGCAUCGGAGCAACGCUCACCGACGUGCAAGAUGUGGUCUUCAAGCUGGCCUUCUUUGAGUUGACCUUCCAGUUCUGCACCACUCAGCAGCUACAGUGGGAGGUCAUCAGGCAUUAUUCCAAGCAGGCUAUUAAACAGAUGUAUGUGUUAGUACUGGGCCUGGAUGUGCUUGGAAACCCCUUUGGACUGAUCAGAGGUCUGUCAGAGGGAGUGGAGGCCUUCUUCUACGAGCCCUAUCAGGGAGCCAUCCAGGGGCCAGAAGAGUUUGUUGAAGGAAUGGCUCUUGGGGUGAAGGCUCUGGUGGGAGGAGCAGUAGGGGGUAUAGCAGGGGCCGCCUCCAGGAUAACGGGUGCCAUGGCAAAGGGCGUCGCCGCCAUAACGAUGGAUGAGGACUACCAGCAGAAGAGACGAGAAGCUAUGAACAAACAACCUAGUGGCCUGAGGGAAGGGCUGGCCCGGGGUGGAAAAGGACUGGUGUCUGGGUUUUUGAGUGGGAUCACAGGGAUCGUUACCAAACCAAUUAAAGGAGCUCAGAAGGAGGGUGCAGCCGGCUUCUUUAAAGGUGUUGGGAAAGGUCUGGUCGGCGCAGUAGCCAGACCCACAGGAGGCAUUAUCGACAUGGCCAGCAGCACGUUUCAAGGGAUCAAGAGGGCGGCAGAGACCUCACAAGACAUUCAGUCUCUACGUCCUCCUCGCUUCAUCCACGAAGAUGGUGUCAUACGCCCAUAUAAGGAGAGGGAAGGCCUCGGCAGUCAGAUGCUCCAGAAAAUUGAGAACGGACGUUUUGCCAAGUACAGAUACUUUGCUCAUGCCAAGGUCAAUGAUUGUGAUUUCCUCAUGAUCACCAAGAGGGGAAUAUUCUUUGUGACCAAAGGAACAUUCGGUCAGCUGACCUGUGAAUGGCAGUAUCUGUUUGAAGAGUUCACUAAGGACCCAACGAUAGUAGAGGACCGGCGACUACGCAUUGAAGCCAAGGAGAGAGUAAAAUCCGUCUUCCAUGCCAAAGAGUUUGGGAAGAUCAUAAACUUCAGAACUCCUGAGAUAGCCAAGUGGGUUCUAACCAAACUGGAGGACGCACGAGACAGUUUACCCAACUACUGAAUCAUCGAGGAGGGAGCGAGACCAUGAACAUCAGAAGAAAGAAAACGUAUACGGACCCAGUCUGUGUGCUUCAGUGCCUUGGUUCUUAACUGCAUGCUCGUUUUGUUUAUCUCCAUGUGUGAGCAGUGCUAAAAAGAACACACAAACCACGCUGUAUGUUGACUGUUGAUGUGUGUUGAGCUUGAGAGACUGAGGGAGUAGCUGGUCUGUGCAUGCCAACGGUAGUGCUACAUGAACAGCAUUCAUUCACCACAGAUGCACUGUCUAAAAAAACGGGCAUCACUCUCUUCGCUCUACUUGCACUUGUUCAUUUGGCCACACAUCUAGGGAUAUCUGAUUCAUUAUUUUAUUAAAACUACUGCUUAAGUCUUGGGUUGAACUGGUUCAGUCUGCUGGUGACAUUUGGAUUUCCAGCUCUCCAUAGCCCUUCAUGCCAAACUCAAAUCUUCACUAAUUUACUUAUUUCAUCUGCUUUCACUGAACAUAUUUCAGGGUUGUAUUUCACUGUGGAAAUGUUACCCUGCCCCAUAACAAGCAGGCCCGGAUCUAGACUGCUCAGAUCAGGUGGGCAAUUGGAAAGUUGCCCUUGCAUACUUCUAGAUCCGGGCCCGAUGACAAGCGUUAGAAAACAGCUCAAAUGAUGGUAAGGCCAAAUAAUCUAUAAUUGUUGUAGCACAUUUAAUAUGCACUGUUCAUUUGACUGGAUUAUUCAAGAGGGAAGCUAAUUCAAAUUGUAUUCAUUCAAAAUGUGCUUCAUGAAAAUGUGUUUUCUUUUUUUUUCUCAAUAUCGUUCUUCCUUUUUUAUACAUUUCUCCAAGACAAAGACUCUUCUGUGUGUGAUUUAGAGACGCAUGCUAUUUUUAUACUCACAUGUAUGGAGCUGCUGUGUAUUGAUCUCGUAUAAUAUUCUAUCUGUAUAUAAACAUCCUAACACAAUAGUCAGAUUUAUGGCAUUGCAAAUUGUAAUUUUACGACUUUUAUGUUUUUAUACCACACGUAUGCGAUGUCAACUAUGUGGAGGAUUUAAAAAGAAAUGGAUGCUAGUUAUUAUCAGCUGCUGUUUACGCUGACAUAUAUUUUGAAGGUUUGCUUUUGGUUUCGGGUGCAUCGCAGUUUAAUACGACUAAAUAUUUCUCUUGCCAAUAAUUUUGUUAUUUAUGUUUCAGAGGAUCAAAACUGUUCACUGCAGUGACUUAUCUCUUUUUCUUGCUUUUGUCAAAAAAUUAAAUAAAGUACAUGUUUCGAAUUUCAA